AACUGGUGGAGCAGCUGUCCAGUCUACGCGACAUGAGCCAGCAAGAAGGAGUGGAUGAGACUGCGUCUCUGGCCCUCAACAGGAACCUGCCGGUGCUGCUGCAGAGCCCGCGCGGCACUGAACACUGUGGGGCCCUCAUGCUGUGUGACCUCAUGAUAGGUGCUGCCUCCGAUGUCCCUCCUUCUGAAGGAGGCACCAUGAGACCGGGACUUGCCAAUGAUUCGGUGUCUGACCCUUCCUUAGGACCUGGAGGUCUUAUGGCGAACGCCUUUUGUCUCUCCAAAAUGUUGCACCACCUCCGUCAGCAGAGAGCGAACCUCGUUCCUGACUAUCAGAUGUUCACCUUCGUCUAUCGUGUCAUGAUCGAAUAUUUCGGACGAUCUCGUCUUAUAUGAUAUAUCUGACACUUGCUUAUCUAUCUACUACUUCAUUCAACCUUUGCCUUUGCUUCCAGCUUUCCAUCUCUCUAUGAGAAUAUCCGCCAAUUUUUCUAUGUUGUGCAGAAUUUGAUUAUUCAUAGCCAAGGAUUUUUGUUAUUUUUGUAAUAUGUGAAUAAAUUGUAGCUUUAAUAUUGCUGGGCAUUCCGCUAAAGCUCUAGAGGCUACAGUUAAUUUUAAUGAGAUUAUUUUAACGUACGCAAGAAUCUCAUUUGUUCUUGAAUGUGUCUCAAAUUGCGUUUUUUAAGGCGACGCAAAAACUUUUGCUUGUGUUAACUUUACUUUACCUUCUGUACGAUACGGUACUCUUGAAGCACCACCUUAACUGUUAUAUUAAGUCAGUCUAUUAUAUUGGAGUAUAUAAUGAAAUCAAUUGUGUUUGAUGCUUUUGAUUAUGUUUUACAUCCAGGAUUAGUUUCCUUCUUCACAAACGUAUCAAGUAACCUGCAAGUACAUUUAAUACCUGUUGUUUUGUCGCAAUUCAUCUGCUCUCCCUCCUUAAAAUACUCUAUUCUUGAAGUAAACGAGGUUCAAAGUUUAGUUUGUUUGUGGAUGUGGAAUAGGUAGUGACAUUGACUGUUUGUAUGGUGCGAAUCAUGUCAUGUGUAAAAUCGACAUCUUGUUUUCUAUGUAGUGAUAUUUGAAGACCAAUGAAACCGUGCCGAUACUUCCAGUGCUGGAGUCGUGGGUUUGAGCAUGAAUAAUAUUUACUCAUUUAUGUCGAUAACUAUACGUUUGAUUUUUUAAUGAGAGAGCUGGUAACAAUGUUUCUGACUUUUGAUGACAUUCCAUGUACAUAUAUCUAUUACCCGAGUAUUAUUUGCGCUAUUUAGCAGACACGUUGUGAGAGAUGUUAAUCUUAUCAUCGAAUCGCUACGACUCUUAUAGUAUUAUCGUGCAUAUCAUUUAUAUCCAUGAGGCUAACGGGCUUCUUCCUCUCAUUACUGGUGGCCUGUACGAGCUCUACUAUAAGGCUAUAAUGUGACGUCCUCAAACGCUCUGACUGUGGUGUGUUGUGCCCUUGGUGUUAAUCAGAGCUCGCCUUUCUGUUUCCUCAAGUAGUGAUAUCUUCUCAAAGAGAAUUUUUUUCAUGCAUAGAUAUACUUUGCAACCUCUGAUUAAAUUGUAGCAUUGCAAUUGGAACAACACUCCCUUGUCAUAUGCGUGAAUUGGUCUACUUUCGUUUGAAAUAGUGCUUCUGUCAUAUACAUUGAAACAUCUGUUGGAUAGCUAUUAUGCGUCAUUUAUACCGUGUUCAAUAUUAGUUAUGAAUCGAUUCUUUAUUGGUUCAUUUAAAUUACUGAACAAUUUUCAUAUUCAUUUACCAGUUCUAAAGAUCGCUUCUUCCGCCUCUGAUAAGGAACUGACCUGUGGGAAAGUGCGUGCAAUAUGUUGCUGGUGGCCAUCAAGAAACUAACUUUAGAUUGAAGCCCUGCCCAUCGCAGUGGGAGAUUAUAUUUUUGUCUUAGAUUUAGUUCAUUUGCUUUAGGAGCUGUUAUUUUUUAUCUGGCAAAAUGAAGCUAAGCUGCAGCGUCGCCUCAGAUUUUCUACCAAGUUCUUGCCCUUUGUUUGAAAGACUGUUUCACUGUCUUGUUACUGUUGCUGCUUUUAAAUUGUGACGAAUAUUUUACUUCUCAAUUCUUUCCGAAGAAUUCUUUCGAGUUGGUGUUCAACAUGAAAGGUAUUUUUGAUCAUUUUAAAUACCUCAUCCUAUGAAGUUUUGUGUGCUGGUAAGCCAUAAACGCAUUAUCUGUGUUAUGUUGCACGUUGAUAUAGGCAGCUGUGAGGCAGAAAUAGUGGCUGCUCAUUACGCAGCGUUCUUGCUUGUAUUUAGUUUUCAAUUUCAGGCAGAAGAACUAUCCCGUGAAUUCAAUUGCACGAAUAAACUAGAAGUUCUUCUCGUGUUUAACUUAUUUUCUACUGUAAUGUAAGAUCAGUGUCAUUAUUAUAUUUAUCUUUGUCCGUCCAGUUUCCUUUUGUAUUCGCUCAUUUCUUUGUUCCACUGUUUUGUGUUUAUAGCUCUUUAAGAGCUAGGUCUUAUUAGGACUUUUUUUAUGCAUAGAAAAUGUGAGAAAAACUACUGAGCAAUAGCAGCGGCAAUAAAUAUUCCGAAUGAA